AUGAGUAUAAUCAACUGUGAUGCUACAGAGGGGAUAAAGAAUGCAGAAACUUUGUAUUGUCCAUAUCCUAAGUGUAAAUCUGUUAUUUUACUUAAAGAUAUGGGAGUAUUAGUGUAUAGAAAAAAUAAAAUAUCUUAUAAAAAUGAUAAUGUAUCUUCUUCUGAUACAAUGUCUACAUUUUGGACUGUAUCGUCACCUUUCGUUUUUGAAAAUCUUGGUUUUUCAAAAAAUAUAGAAGGAAAUAUAAAAUUUCUUGCAUGUGCAGACUGUGAUAGAGGGCCAUUAGGAUACUAUGACCCGAAUGUUUUAAAUAAUGGAGAAGAGGAGUAUCUCCUUGCAACAGAUAAAGUCGCAUAUGGUAUACCUAGUAAUUUAGAUUAA